AUGGGCGGCCAUGGAGCGACCUACCUGUAUCAGCCAAUAAACGCCAGCGAAGAGGCCCGUAUCCUUCGUCUAGAGCCAGGCGCAUUUGCUGAGCCUCUCAUCGGCAGCCUUGUGGUGCGAAAGAUCGGGGAUGAAGAUGACGAAGACGAAGACGAAGACGAGGAGCACCCGCGAGCCUACGAUUGCGUUUCUUAUUGCUGGGGACCCCAAGAGAACUUCACUUCAUUCGAUUGCGGCGGCAAAGCUCUUCGUGUUACGGCCGCUGUGGACGAGAUGUUGCGGUACCUGCGGGAGCCAAUCGAGCCGCGUUAUCUGUGGAUAGAUGCUAUAUGUAUCAAUCAAGCCGAUAACCAAGAGAAGAGCCAGCAAGUGCGCAUAAUGGGCAAGGUUUAUCUCAUGGCUUGUACAGUGCGCGUCUGGCUGGGCCCCACAACCGACGAGGAAAUGGAUGCUGUAUUCUCACUAUUCGACCGUGGCAGCGCGUGCCGAACCGAGGACUUAAAACGUAUUCCGGAUAUAUUGCACUUUUUGAGGCCUUUAGAUCCGGUCAUCGAGAGCUUCUUUUCGCGAUCCUGGUUCACAAGACGAUGGAUACUGCAAGAAUACUUGUUCACUGCGGACAUUAUCGAGUUCCAUGGGACCAUCUUCACGAACGUGUGA